GCAACACAUUUCUAUAUUCUCCACGUCUUCAAGCUGCCCUCGACUCGAUACCAUCACGGAAGAGCCCCCACUAGCAGACACGGGACUGGAGAGUCGUGAAAGAUCGCGUCAAUGGAGGCCGCCAAUCUUCUCACCACUGUUCAUCAUAAUACUAAACAGCCUCCAGGCUGACUCUGAUUGUGAUUCUCAACCGAGCGCUAUGAUUAGUCGGGUGGUAUAAAUAUCUAUUAUACUAGUAAGUACACCCACUUCCUUCCCUCCCCAUAACUGCGUUGACGUGCACUUCGGUUAAUAUCAGAAAUGCGUCUCGCUGCAGCCUUCUCAUUGCAUACAGACCUGCGUCUUUGCAUUAUGGUCGGCUUCUGGCCCACUGUUCUGGCAAUCUGGCAUACUCCAUCUCUGCUCUUCCGACCAAUUGAAAUCUCCCGCAUUUUCAUGUCCUGUGUAUGGGAUAGCUAUAGUAAUAUGGUCGACGAGGGUGGGAAGGACGUCAAAAAGGGACUCAUCACCCCGCACGCCUAUGGCUUUGUGCUCGACCUUGGUGCAGGUCAUGGCCACACCGUUAACUACCUCGAACGUUCUCGUGUUACAAAAUAUAUCGCUGUAGAGCCUAACGUGCAUAUGCAUGCCCGGCUGCGCAGCACCGCCUUUGCUGCCGGGUACAGCGAAGAAGCUGGAACACUUCUCAUCCUCACCUGCGGUGCUGAAGACAUCUCUACCAUCCUUUUAUCACUUCCCUCGCCACACCCACCUAUCGAUACACUCAUCUCUGUACUCACUAUCUGCUCCAUCCCCUCACCACAAUCCACCAUAGCUGCAUUGAUAACCGAGGUGCUAAAACCUGGGGGACAAAUGUUGUUCUAUGAACACGUGCUUAGUGAUAGGAAGGAUGUCGUGUGGUGGCAGCGUUUUUGGACACCAUUAUGGAGCACCAUGUUCGAUGGAUGUCGUAUGGACCGCCCGUCUCAUCGGUGGAUCGAGGAUGUAGGGGGAUGGGAAGGGGAGACUGAUGAGAAUCUGUUUUGGCAUCGAGUGGGGAGAUUGGUUAAGGCAUGA